CAACUUCAACAUUUCAAAAGUAAACAAACCAAACUACAAUAAUACAUGACGGAAGAGUUUGAGAUCGCCGGAAUCUCCACCGGAGCUUGGUGGAGUUCACCAACAAACACCGCCACAAUAUUCUCUGGCUACUCGCUGCCACGUUCCACUGAGAUUAGCCUUGAUGUCACAAAUUUCGGAUGGCAAAACUUCGAUAACAAGAUUAACGAUCCUAAUGAUGGUUUUAUUAACAUGCAUAAUAGUUUCUUUGAAGGAUUAUUCGAUCCUAACGAGCAAUUACUACCGGAUUCUUGGCCGAAGAUUACAGUUCCUAAUGCGAAAUCCGAGCUCCUUGAAAGCUUCCCAUUCUUAGAUAACAUGUUCUUGAUCGAUACAGAAGCUGAAUCAUUCUUGGAUCAAGAAAUCAGAAACCAUAACUCUAAGGAGCAGAUUACACAAGAGUGCAAGAAUUUUACUUCAAAGGCACAAUUAGAAGAGAACAGCGACGAAUAUUCACCGCGAUUACUAAAAAGACAGAGACUCGAAACACUAUCUCCAUUGCCAAGCUUCAAAGUUCGUAAGGAAAAACUCGGAGAUAGAAUCACUGCGCUUCAGCAACUGGUUUCACCAUUUGGCAAGACAGAUACAGCUUCUGUUCUCAAUGAAGCUGUAGAGUACAUAAAGUUUCUUCAAGAACAAGUCACUGUAUUGAGUAAUCCAGACGAGAACACCAUAGGAUCUGUUCAACAACAGCAGUGUUCAGACAAGAAAUCUAUGAAUACUCAAGAAGAAGAAGAAGAAUGUAGUCCAAGAACACAUGUAGAUCUCGCAAGCCGUGGACUAUGUCUAAUGCCGAUCUCAGCUUCAUAUCCGGUGGCUGCAGCCGCGGCUUCGGCUGCAGAGAUGAACGUACAUCUGAUUUCUGGAAUCUUCCAUUCUGUGUAAACUUAUAAAUUAGAUAUAUACAU